AUGAAGGACACGGAAAUGAGGGUGCUAAAAUUCACCAGUCUGGCUCAGUCAUUUCAUCUAAACAGGAGGAUGAAGCUAAUUCAGUUCCAGCAGUUGCUGGCUAAUGAGGUUUUCAUAUUUGCAUAUUCACUACUGUUUCUUGUCAGUCUGGUGCUGAACUGCAUCACCAUGUGGGUGUAUUUCUGCACCAAUCAGCGUGUCCAGUCCAGUGUCACAGUCUACAUGAAGAACUUGGUUGCAGCUGACUUUUUCCUUUGCCUUUGUUUACCUUUGCGCAUUGCUGCCUACGCCAAUAAUUCAGAGAUAAUGGGCAAUAUUUACUGCAGCUUUGGAGCAACAGCAUUCUAUAUAAACAUGUAUGCAAGCAUUCUCUUCAUGGACUUUAUUGCUGCAAACAGGUACCUAAAGAUUGUCCGGCCAGUGGAGACUCAUGCUCUGCAGACAGUUCGUACUGCCCACUACAUUUCUGCAGUAACAUGGCUGUGCUUGUUAGCCAUGGCUUCCAUCUACUUAAUCCUUUUUCUCCAGAACUUCUGGGGUCAAAUGCCUGAUGCUUUUACUUGUGAAUCCCGGCACAGUUCCCAGCUCAGUGUGACCUACAAAAUCAUCCACUGUGUGACCUUUGUGGGCUUCAUUUUUGUCCUGGGAUCUCUGAUUCUUCUAUACUGGAAGACUCACCAAAAGCUUAGACAAGUUGAGUCCUCCUCACAGGUCAGUUCCAGAAGCCAAACAUUCAAAACUGCUAAGCACAACAUGCUAGUGCUAGUGGUCAUUUUCUGUGUGUGCUUUAUUCCCUAUCAACUGGUGAAACUGCCAUACAUAUUCAUUGAACCCCUGCUGCAUGAUUGUACAGAAGCCCAGCCAUUCUACAUCCUGAAGGAGCUCACCAUCGUGCUCGCAGCACUAAACGCCUCCUUGGAUCCACUUAUGUACUUUUUCUUUUGCAAGACCUUCAGAUCACAAUUUAACUGUACUACAAGGAGUCGCCAACCUGUCGGUGAAUGA